AUGUGCGAGGGGCUUGAUCAGCCUGCUAGUAGGCGAAAUAAGAAGAAGAUUAAUUACAAUGAGAAGAAGGCUGACGCUGAGUUCGCCAAGAAAAUCAAGCAAAUGGAAAGAAAUAAAAGCAAGAAUGCUGGCACUAGGAAUAAGACCUUCAAAUCCAAGUACCAGACAUACCUUAAUGAUAAGAAUAUCUGUUGGAACUUUAUACCGUCUCUGCCGCCUUCCUUCCGUAAGCAUAGUCGAUUCUCGAAUAUCCUCGAUCUAGAAGACUCCACCAUCGAUAUUUCAACGAAUAUCCUCUAUCAAGAAUCGACGGCAUUAUUAAAGAAAAAUGAUCACAUUUAUAUGAUAUCCGAACCCCCCGGAGAGCCUUACUAUAUUGGUAGGAUAGUCUCUUUCAUUUGCAAACCUGAAUGGCGGCAGGCCAUUGAUUCAGUGAAGAAUAUCGUUAAUGUUUUCCCUGCAAAGUACUUUCAAGUGAAAAUGAACUGGUAUUAUAGACCUAGAGAUAUCCAAGAAAAUGCAUCUAACUCUGAUCCCAGAUUGGUUUACGCGUCUCUUCAUACUGACUUGUGUCCUAUUUACUCAUAUCGCGGGAAGUGCACCGUGCUCCAUAAGGCCACCUUCCCGUCCGAAGAAUCAUCCUAUGAACAUCUUAUGAAACCGAAUGUUUUUUAUUUUGACCAGCUAUUUGAUAGAUAUACAUUAAGUUAUUAUGAUGUCUGGGAUACCCAUAAGUUGCUGAACCUUGGUACUCAAUCAUCAUAUUUGGCGGCCCUCCAAAAAAUGUUUCCUUACGUAUACACGGAAGAAAAGUAUCCGCUGGAGAAAAUCUUGAAAAAAUACGUACUCAAUCAGAAGUAUGACAAUGAUGACGAGUUUUGGGAUCAACGCUGUGGUCAAUGUAAUGAAUGGUGUGAAAAACCGCAAUGUAUAAGAUGCGAUGAGUGCGGAGUACCUGUUCAUCUGUACUGCCUAGAGCCGCCACUAGAGCGAAAACCUACUAAAGGAGUUAUUUGGAUAUGUUUUGAAUGCCUAAAAAAACAAGAAUUCACUCCUGAUAUCCCUCAAAUGAAUAACACAAAUGGGACGGUUGUCGAGAAGAAACAAUCAGAAGACACUUUUCUUGAUCGAGAGGCUGAGAAAACUCCGCUCAAUGAGCGAAAGCUAUCAGACUGUUGGUUUCAUUAUCUAGGGUCGAAAGUCAUCAACUCUUUUGAGGAUGUUCUAAUAGAUGAAUUAAACCUUCCAUUUCCGAUAAAGUGCUCGAGAGUCGGCCCAAAAUAUCAGUGGGCUGGCUGUAAUGACGAAUUUUCGUCUCCUAAAUUAUACUCAACCACCGGUUGUGAACGAGGUCUUGAAACAAGUUCGGAACCUCUCUGGUUUUUUGACUCAUCAAAAAUAUCUUCGGAGAAAUUGGACCAAUAUGUACAAAAAUGCCAGGAUACAUUUCCAAAAACACUACAAAUUGUUCCUCAGACGUGCAAUUUCCUCGAUAUGAUCCUUAAGACUCUCGUGAAAAAUUCCUAUAAUGCUGUGGCAGCAUUCGAAUCGUGUGGAGUGGAGCUCACUAGGGAAUCGCUCAGGGAACCCACCUUCACUCCUGAAGAAAUCACUAAAUUCGAAAAAGCUGUUUCAGAAUACGGAAGUGAGCUUCAUCCUGUUUCCAAGUACGUUGGUACACAGCCAAUGUCAAUGAUUGUCCGGUUUUAUUAUUACUGGAAAAAAACUGAAAGAGGGAGGAGCAUAUGGGGAAAUUUUAAAGGUAGGAAGAAAAACAGACAUGUCAGCAAGCUACAAUCUGAAGAUCACAGUGCCAAUGUGGUAAAAAAGUCUCGAGAACGUAAGCCGUCUAAGAUCUAUAAAAUGAGCAAUCUGGAGGGUGAUAAAGAGUGGAAAUACAUGGAUGAUUCAUCUUUUGACUCUGACAAGAUUUCAACGGUCAAAACGUGUUUUCAUUGCAUGUUUUGUGAAAUUGAUUACUCCCCAAUGUGGUAUAGAGUCACAGGAGGAUGUGAUGAUGAAAAUAUUAAAACUAGAAUGAUGACUGGUGUGAAUGAGAAAACUAGUACAUCAGACAAGGUGCCGUUCCAUCCAAAAAAACGGAAUGGGGAUUUGCAAGACGAAGAGAAACUUGAAGCUUUGUGUAUUCGUUGCGCCCGCUUAUGGAGACGCUAUGCCAUUCGGUGGGACUCUCCGAUGAACGUGAUAAGAGCAUUAAAUGGAAAAAAUAUAUCAAACAUAAAUUCCACUGUGGAAGAGUUUUUGGACAAAGCAGAGGAUAACAAUCUGGUUACUUCAGCAAAACUAGCUCGAGAGAAGUUCCUUGAAUGGGAAUUGGUUCAGGAUGCGGAGCUGAUAAUAAAGCAAAGGUAUUCAAUAUUUAAUGAUCCGAGUCGCUUAAUCAAGAUGAGACGCAACUGUAUGUCACUUCACACACAACUCAAUAAACUGGUCAAGAAAUUGGUCGAGAAAGAUGCGUUCAAAGAAUAUAAACUGAGACAAAAUUUGAAUCAAUUUAUCAAGGUACGACUUGAGGCAUUAGCCAAGAAGGAGAAUAAACCUAAACGGAAAAAUAAGAAAGUACAAUUGCCAUCCUCAAAGUUAAUCCCGGAUCCUGAUCUCUCUGUAAAUCAGGCAAAAGAUCACAAACGCAAAUGGAUAGAAAUUGAUGUUGAUGUGUCGGAAAAAGCCACGCUCAAAAAGAGAGAGACUUUAUCGAUAAUCAACGAUGAUAAAGAACGAAAAAUACUGGGGACAAUUACUUCAAAUGGAGAUCAUUUGAUAGAUGUGAUAUCUGAAGAUAAAGUUGAUUUGGGUCGUAUAUCAAUUGAUGCCGAAUUUCGAAGUAUCAGAAUUUCAGAUAAGCUAUAUCUGACCAUUUUCAACCAUUUAUUAGAAAAAACCGCUGCUGAGAGCUCAAAAAACAAGAAUCAAAAUUCCAAAGAUAAAUUGGAGCCUCAGAAAAAGAGGUCUAAAAUUCAGAAUGGAAAUUCUAUCAAUCCUUCAAAUUAUCAAGUUAUAAAUGAGUCAAAUAUUCCAAUCUCGAAUAAAAUUCAUAAUACUGCGGGAAGUUUAGCUCUCUAUUACUCUAAUAAUCCGCUUUUCUAUGAUUGGGCGCAUGGAAAACUACCUAAACCCAGGAUUGACCUUUUGCAGAAUGCUUUGCAAAAUUCGCAACAAUUGAAGACAAAUUUGGGAAGAAAGUCUAAGUCGCCUACAUAUGCUAUUGAUCAAUUAGAGAUUCAAGGGGAUUCAUCCCCGAGAGAGAUAUGCUGUGUUUGCCUUGAAAAAUUCAGCGAAAAAGAUGAAGAAGAGCUAACGUGUGCUAAUUGUGGAUUAAACGUGCAUUAUUACUGCUAUGGCUGUAGCACUCAAAAUAUUCAGAACAAACAUGAAUCUGGGACUAAAGACUAUCAAUGGCUUUGUGAUGCUUGUUCAAACGAUUUGAAUCCUUUAAACUCGACAAACUAUCAAUGCAGUUUGUGCAUCGCCAAGGAGAUCGAUCAUGAUGCGGCCAAGAAGAAAAUCAAUCGUGCCAUUCCAGAUGCUUUGAAAAUCAGUUCAUGUGGUACAUGGUGUCACGUUAUAUGUGCUCUUUUCAAUCACCAAUUAACAUUCGGAUCCGCUAGCACCAUGCAACCGGUAAACAACGUAGGUGCGAUUUUUCUGAUGAAUAAUGGAAGGGAAUGUGAGAUCUGUUCUAUGCCAGGUGGAGGAUUAGUCAAGUGCGAAAUAUGCCCGCGAAGCUUCCAUGUUACAUGUGCCCAAGACUCUGCUGGCUACAGAUUGGGAUUCAAGAAGAUUUUUACUGAUGGUAACAAGCUGAACGAGCGCGUUCUUAGUGAGUAUGGAGAGCAUUUCAUGGUUCGUCCAGCCAUAAUAUGCUCACAACACUUAGAAUCGACAAAUGAACUUUUGCCAUUGACUUAUCAAACUUCAUCUGGCUUGCCGAUAAUUGAAUUUUACUGUAGACACUACAAAUCUGUGGAAGGUUAUUUAGGAAGCGCUGUCAAAGCACGUGUCCAAGAGUAUGAUAACAUAGCUGGAAAUCAUAUCAACUACGAGAGGUAUGAGUCUAAGAUUAAUCCAGGAAGUGAUGUGUGUAAAACGGAUCCGAUGAAGGCAAUUCAGAUACCAACCCCCUCCUCUUCGUUACACAGGAAGACAUGUUCUGUUUGCUCAAGGAAUUGUUCAAUUUAUUGGUAUGGUUCCACCUGCCAUGCGUGCCACAUAUCAUGUAGUACACCCACCGCUAAUCACGCUACAAAUGAUAAAGAUCUGAUUGUUGCAAAAGAGAACAAUAUGAGCUCGAGUAUCCAAUGUGCACUUUUAGAUGGCAUUCAGGAACGAAAUUUGACUAUGAGCGUCAACGAUUUUGACCUAGAGAGCACAGGAAAUUCAUCAGCUAAGGGGAGGAGAAAAGGAACAAAAACUAAGCACACAAAAGGAGGUAAGGACGUUGGUUUUACAUUAAUGAGUCAAAAUGGACCAAGCUCGGUCCAAGACACCCCCGGCAUCCCUAUCGUGAUACAAAAUUUAUCUACAAACCGCUGA